UUACUGUCUAAAUAUAGAAUACGCUGUGCCUAUCUGGUGUCCACAGCUGUAUUCCCUCUCCCUUUUUUUAUGAAGCAUGACUAUAAGAGGGUGUAUGUGUGUUCAUGAGGUCAGACAACAGUAGUUGUACAUUUGAGCAGCAGCAGCAGCAGCAGCAGCAGCAGCGAGAGGAUGGUCAGACACUUGUUCCCUAAUCUCCUGCUGCUCUGGUCAAUCAGCAAUGACCUUUGUAUAUUUGGACUGACAUAUGACCUGCCAAAGGAGCACUCCUGGAGCAACCAGAACCUCUAUUCUGUCCCUCUGGAUUUGGACGUAAGGCUUAGGAGACUAGACCUGUCCAAUAACUUCAUCAGACAGCUGCCCCCACUUGCUUUGCCCAACCUGCAGCAGCUGGACCUGAGCUCCAACCAGCUCCAUCUCAUCUCUGAGGGCGCUUUUGAAGACCUGGCUCAACUUGAGGAGCUGAAUUUGGCCAGAAAUUUGCUGAGCAACGACGUCGGCAAUAACGGCAAAGCCCUCCAAUCCAUCACCGGAUUGAAGAGUUUGGACAUGUCCAUGAACGACUUGAGUGACGAUGCAGUGGAACUGUAUCUUCGAAACAAACCUUCUCUUGAUCAACUUAAGAUGACUGGUAAUGCUUUAACAACACUUUCACACAACUUGUUCAAAGAGAGUAAAGGUUUGAGGGCCAUUACUAUUGAUGACAAUCAGAUAUCGGUGAUAGAACAGGGGACAUUUGAACCUUUGAGACAAUUAGAGAUGUUAAAUUUGGCCAGAAAUAACCUCGCACAUAUCUGUGAUUUUAAAUUACAUCAAGUUAAAUAUCUGAACCUCAGUCGAAAUUCAGUCGAGUUCUUUGUUACACGUGAGGAUGACCAGUUGUACAGGCUUGAAAUACUUGAUCUGAGUCACAACAAACUCCUUUAUUUCCCAAUUGUUCCAAAAAUGAACCGAUUGAAGUAUUUGCAUUUGCACAAUAAUAUGGUUGGUGCUUUAAAUUCAGAGGCUACAAUGGUAUCAGAGGCCAAUGCUCUUUAUAGUGAAAUAAUGAGUGAGAGAAUAGUUAGAAAAAACAACUUGCACUCAAACUGGAGGCUAAUGCCACUGAUUUAUAUUGAUCUGAGCUACAACCACUUCAGAUCUUUCCCACUUGAGACUUUGAGCCUUCUUUCAUCAUUGGAAACUCUGAAUUUUAGUUUCAACUGUUUGCAAAACAUUUCCUGGAAUAUAAGAAAUUAUGAUGAAUCAGGAAUCAUUAGGCAACUUUUCUUCCCAUCCUUAAAGCACCUUAACCUUCAGAGUAACGGACUUGCAUACAUUUCGCCACUUUUUCUCAAUGCGCUCACACGAAUCGAAACAUUAAAUCUACAAGACAAUUCUGUGCAACCUUGCGCCUCUGUUGACCAAUCAACAGAGCACGUAAAUCUGAACACCUCCUGCGUUGUCAUUGGCCAGCUAAGGACUCUUAAACACCUCAAUCUUAAAGAAAACAACAUCAAAAUGCUUCAACCGAACACAUUUCUGAAAACCUCUUUGGUUUCUUUGAACCUUGCAGCAAAUCCGCAUAUAGUAGUUGGAAGGGAUGCAUUAGAGGGUGUGCAAAACACUCUUCAGUCCUUGAUCAUCAGUGAAAUGAACAUGACCAGCUCUGAUCUGUCUUUACCCUGCAUGCCAGCGUUAACUCAGCUGAACAUAUCUAACAACCACCUCGAUCUGCUACCGAGCAGUUUGAGCUGCUCCCCUCUGACACAAAUAGACAUAAGAAAUAAUCAUUUUGAGUCUCUAAACAAUUCUUUGAUCCUUGAUCUGUCGGUGCAUCUCAAUCUUAUGUACAUAAGUGGAAAUCAUUUUAACUGUUGUGACAGUAGUUGGCUUAAAAUCCUAGAUGAGCUGAAGAUGAAACUGCCUGAUGUCAACGACGCCGUGUGUUUUACCGUCGAUAGAAGCAUUGCAAUGACAGAGUAUCUGAAAAACCCCUCAGGUUAUUGUUUGAUUCAUACAAAAGCACAGGAAAUGAACUUUGGAACCACGAUCAUCAUUGUUUUAUUUGUAACUGUAAUAUUGACAGUGCUCAUCAUGUUCACCAAGAGGGUGUGUUGCACACAAAUAUCCUUUAUAGUUUGAUAUGUUAAAUCUGUUAUCUGUUUAUUUUGGAGAAUAUUCCAUCAAUGCACAUGGGUUACAUUCAGUAGGCAACUGGAAUACAUUAGCGAGAAAUUGAAUAGAAAACUAAAAUUCCUUUGAGAUGAAUGUUAAGUUAAGAAAUUUAUUAAAAUCUUCAUCACCUAACACAAUUCUAUUCUCAUCGCCAUUCAAGGCGUUCAUUGUUAUUCUUGUAGAACAUGCAUCGCUGUAUAACUCGUGCAGCCAAAUUGUUGAGAUCAAAAUUGACUCCCAAGGUGUUCGGUCAAGAUAUGUGUGCCGAAUCGCUAAUCAAGUGGAGCAUUUUGCCCAUCCUCCAUUGUGAAAUGUCUGCAACCAACUAAAUGUUUUGCCUUGGCUCCAUUUUUUGUGACGUCUGUGAGGCCUUGCACAACAUUCCCAGAAUCCAAACUUCUGAACAAUUAAAUAAAACACCAAUGAAAGACAACACGUUUCUCCCCCCUUUUUUUCGGCUCUGGCCUUGUUAAUAACAUACAACUGUAAAUAUGUCAUCAAUGACACUGUACAUGUUAAUAAAAAUGCUGUGCCUCAUAACCAGAAUUGUGUUCUGCCUUUUCUAUUCCUUCAAAACGAAUCCGUGUGGUUUUGAUGCGGAUCAUUUGGGACUUUCAGUUUUUAGUUGAGCAAUUUUAAUUCCACAAAGGCUGAAGGUAUUCCCUUGACUAUCAUUCAGUGUCAGGAGCAUUGUCACUGAGAAUAAGACCCCUC